AGUAUUGAUCAUAGUACUGUAGAAUCUGGUUUUUUAUAAGUUCUCCUCGCACCAGGAGAAGAUUCUACUAGAAGAUCAAGAUUGUAUACAAGCACUCAACUACGAUUAUAUACAAGCACUCAACUACACAAGCAAAAAUGGAACCAACGCCCGCUUCUAGCGGUUCUUCUGGAUCUGAAGAGGACCAUCAGCCGCAAACGAAGACGAACAAAAAAGCCAAUGUACGUCAUGCAGAGAAGACGCGCAAGUUUUCCACCUGCGCCUUCGCAGAUCGGGUUUGCGAUUGCGUCGUGGAUGCGUGGCGUCGCGACAGCAGUUUACUAGCAGAACGAGCUAAAGCUAAACAAGCUAACACCGAAGCAGGAGAGCACCACACAGGACAACAGAAUCAGACUGUGCUAGCAGGAUUUGUCGCAUUUGACCGAACGCGGAAUGAAAUGCAGUGCCUCUCAUGGGCGACGGGAACGAAGUUUCUGACCUAUGCACAUGAAGAGCUUCGCGAGGAAGUUUGUCUUCAGAGGAGUUUCGUAGUGGACAUGCAUGCAGAAGUAUUGGCAAAGAAAGCCUUGGUGUUGUCGUUGCAGAAGCAGUGUGAUGCAGCCACAGCAAACGCGAACACAAGCAGUUAUAAUUCUUCUCAACGUUUACUCCAGAAACUUAUCUCUUCUUCCGAAAGGGCCAGUAUUUCCACUUCUUCCACUUCGUCCCUGGUCUCUCCUUAUGUGUCUAAUCCUGAAGCUCCUUCUCGUCAGAGAAAUACGCCUGACGUUGUCGAUGAGGAAGCUUCUCAUCUCCCUAUUGAACAGGAAGUAUCUCUGCAUAUGUACGUUUCCUCAGCUCCUUGUGGGGACGCCUGUGUCCGCAAGUGGGCCAAAGGCGGCUUGGGUCCUGUCUUCCCAGAAAUGCCGGAUUCAAAGUGGCCUGUGUUGGGAAAAGAUAUCCAUCGACCGCCAUUCCAUUAUUUCGCGAAGAAGGAAGGUCAGGGAAGAUUUUUGCAGAAAGGGUCUGUAGUUGUAGUACCUGGAAGUAGAGAACAAAAUAAGGGUUCAGCAGCGUCAUCUUCUGCAGAUGGGCAUGGACGAGACACAAGAAAUAAGCCCUCUUCUAGUACACGAGGCGAAGACCUCCACGUAGGCCUUGCUGUGCAGCCUUGGCAACCAAGGGCCCAACGAACGCCGUUGAGCUGCAGUGAUAAGAUUCUGAAAUGGCAGGCCUGCGGAUUCCAAGGAAGCUAUUUGUCGACGAACUCCUUGAGUCCCCUGCGCUUGUCGACUCUGACGGUAGGUCGGAAGUUCACAGAUGCGCAUAUGAGUCGCGCUGUCUGGGAAAGGUAUACGGACCUGUAUAGUCAGAAGAAAAGUACAAAUACGAAGAAGGAUGCGAAGAAGACGAAGAAAAUCGAGGUAAAUAAGACGCCAUCCUCAAGUGCUGCUGACGCAAACAGGAAACCGAGUGAAUCUGAGGGAAAGACCUUGGGUGAAGUAGAUGCUAUCAUGGAGACUCCGAGCCGAAAGCGAGUGGGUUCGUCUCCAGUAGAUGGACACGUGGAGAGUCCAAAGCGGACUAGGCCAGUGAGGCUACCUUCUUUGGAAGCGAAAGUGGGACAAGUAGAACAUGACCACUUUAACGGCACCAAGGCAUCACUUUCGUCAUAUUCACGACCUGUAGCGCAAGCAGAAGGGAGCAGCGCGUCAUCUUCCAACAGUCGUGCCUAUGAAAAAGUUGGCAAGGAAAAAGUGAAACACAAAGAAGAAGUUGAAGAUCAUAGAGAAGAUACCUCCGAUGAAAAAUUCAAGAUGCCUACAUGUAUGGUGACAUCAAGGAAGUUGGACGAUGCUGUGUACGAGGAUGGCGAAGGAAGUAAUUUUUCAGAUCCAAGAUGCGAAUGGUGGUGCGAGGGCUUAGAAACGCCUGAGAUUAUAGAUGGGAGAACGGGUCGGCCUAUGGACAUGUCUACGACGACUGUGCCUGAGGUGGGAGCAGAUCGUGAUCGGAGCACUGGAAGCAGAUCUCACGACCCACUUGCUUCAGGUUCAGUACCAUACUCGAGGACAACCGCAGCGUCUCGCUUACUUACCUUACGUAAGUGCACACCCAAAUCAGAGGACUGCGCCGCGGAAGAGUUGUCUGAAUAUGCUGAUGCAAAAUCGCGCGUCUAUUUGUAUUUCGCAGGUUUGCAAGGUGGAAGAUGGAAACUAAUAGACCCAGAGGACUUGAUUGAGUAUGCUGACGCGAAAGCGCGCGGAUAUUUGUCUUUCGCACCAGGAUUGGUAGGUGAACGCUUGUACAAAUUGGUUAGACAAAAAAUGUGAAAGACUCGAACCUUGAUCCCCAUUAUUAUUUUCGUUUUCGGCUUAUGUAAGAAAAAGCCAUUUCCCGCAUGC